ACCCAAUGAAUCGCGGCCCGCGUAACCGCCCCCAUCAAAAGCCAGAUGCAAAAUCAAUCGCACCGAAUUACUUUUUGCGUGCCUCAAUGAGAGUUUGGGCUCGGGAGAGGGAAAAUGACGAUCGGAUACACGAGUAUAACAUUGAUACGGAAACAAUGACAGCUGAAACUUUGAAAAAAUUCACGCUUCAUUGCCAGAGGGUGGCACUGAAGAGUAAAAUCGCAAGUGACGAUUUUAGAUUCAUUACCGAAUACUACGACGAGAAAGUUUUGGAGCUGAAAAAAUCGCUUUUGAACAUUCUCCGUGGACUAUGGAAAGAAGUACCACCGCCGCACCUUCGCUUAGAGUUUGCAAACCUCAUUAGCUUCAUCGUCACUUUUGCCGAAAUGGUUGGAUAUGUCCACGACACAAUGAGCAUCGAAAAAACACAUCUUCCAUGUGAUCUUGUGAACAAGUUCAGCAACUACCUUUACACCAUUGAACAGUGCAAGCGCUAUGGGCACGCCGACUUGACGCAUUUUGCACAACUGUUGGAUUUUCGGGACGAAGUCUUGAUGGCGAUUCAAGUAUACUAUCGCAUUCGUUGUCCGAUGAGAGAAAAUAAAGAACCGAGUUUUCCGAAAGAUGCCCAACGAUAUUCUCCAUACGAUUAUGAGUGGCUCUGCGGAUCUGUAAUUUCAGGACCUUACUUCCUCGAAUGCACCAAGUACUUAUGCACCAGCCGCAUUGCUCAAAUGGACAUAACCACACUUCGUCACGAUAUCAUAGCUGCUACCAAAGGAAAAGAAUACAAAUAUUAUACUCAUAUUCGAGUGCCGUUUCCAAAAACCGCCAAGAAUAGCAAGGCUCUCGCAGAUGCCCUUGCCAACCGGGAAGGCAGCUUGAAAGCGAUCAACGCAAAAACUCGGAAAGAACUGAGAAAAGAUUUUCCGAGAGGACAUCGACUGUUCCACUUUACAACUGUCGCCGAUCAAUUCUUCAUUCUUAGAUCUGAUAUUCGUGCCAAAAAGCGGACUGUAGCUGAUUCUUUGAUUCGAAGUGAUAUCAGCAACGUCACCCCAUUCCAUCUGAUUAUUGCGGUUUUGUCGGCCGUGGAAGCACAACUUUUGAUGGUUCACAAAGUGUACGCUUUGUUUGUAGAUGAAAAACUCGGACUAUAUGGAAAACCACUUCCCCAAAAAGUACUCGAAAUCGCUUUCAACAUUUAUCUCAUGACUGGAGUAGAUAGCUGCAAGACAAUGCCGUUGAAUGAAAACAUUGAAGAAUGUCUUCAGAGCUUACGAAAAGCGACUCGCGAUUGGAUUCGACAGUAUUACCGUGGUUAUGAGGACAAAUGUGAAUCUAAUUACACCAAAAACGUAUACGUCAACAUCGAAAGUGGCUACAACUUCUUCCCAUACGAACUCAAGGUGGAGGAUUUUCCAGAAGAAAUUGCCCAUCACGCCAAACUAAUGAUGGAGCACUUAUAUUUCGAAGAGUUUGAGCUAAACCGCCUAAGCACUCAACUAAGCCAAGUGAGAACUGGGUACUCUAGCUGGCCAAGUAAAGAAGGAACGCCUUCAUUGUCUUUGAAUAAUUGCAAGGAUCAUGUCUAUGCAUUUCACUCCAAUUUCUGCACUGUUCGAGCCGAUAUUCUUGAGAAGGUCAAUGGUGAUACAACUUCCUUUGAAGAUAGAAUGGAAUUUGCAAACUAUCCGGGCUACGAAAUCGUUUGUAUAUCACACAAAGUGAUUGACGAGAAGAAAUGCGUGCCUUCAAUUGCGGAAAUUAAUCACGAGUUUGCGGUUGCUUUCAAAGAAGCGUUCGGUACUCGGAUUAUUGACGAUUUCAGUUUUAACGAAAUGGCUUACCAAUUUGCGGAAAUUGUCAACGCUGAAAUUGAUUUCAACAACCUUCGCAAGAAGUACAAAUACCAGAAAGGAUCUACAGCGACCGCGAAGAAAAUGAUAAGUGAAAUUAUGGAGUUCUACAUGGAUUACAUAAAGAAACGUACAAACCAUUUCGAUCUGCCUGAACCACCACUGGCCCGACGCCAAGAUCCGAACUGUAACCCGUACAGUGACGAAGAAUACGACACUGAGUUGGAAGAUGAAGACGACGAGGUGGAUGGAGAUCAAAACACUGGAGAGAAUUUGUUGAGCAAGAUGUUUGGAGAAGUUUCUCUGGGAGCCGUUUCUAUUGGAUCUGAGAAUGAUACUGAAGUCGAGGACCCAACUACACUGGUUAUCGAAGAUCGCGAUCAAGUACCCGAUGAUAUGGUCGAUGAGUUCAUUCACGGCGUCUUUCAUGUAAAUCUUGGGAUGAUUCCGGAUUUGUCUGCAUCAUUAUACAAUUUGCCACUUGAUUAAACAUGUUUCAAAUUGGAAAACCAGUAAUUUAGUUAAUCAUAACUUAUUCUCAUCUUUCUCUCUCCUUCAUGCUGUGCAAUCAUUCCCUUGCCUCUCUCGAAAUGAUCUUUUACAGUAAAAAUCAUCUUUAUUGAUUUUGUUCAGGUUUUUUUCUAAAGUGAAUUGUCAUCUGAUUACUAGUUUUACUGUUAAUUCAAUACUGUUUUUCUAUGUGCACCCGUUACCCCAGUUUAAUCUAUCCCGUCCUGUUCAGCUCUUUUUAAUAAAAAGAAUUGUGCGG